UUUGAUAUAUGUGAUGCCUGGGCUACUCAGAGAGGUUUCAUAAUGCCUAAGACUGGGAAGACAGAUCUCUACAGGGCUGCGAACCACAUACUGCGUAUAGCUGUUGAUGGUCAAUUGUGUAUGUGUAUGAGACCAUUGGGCUUCAAUGCUGAUAAAGCAAACUGGGAACAGCAUGCAGACACUCAGGAACUAAUGCAACAAUUGCAGCAAUAUACACUUAAGACAGACUCUGAGGAAUCUGACAUGGAAGUGGAAGAUAGCUCUGAGGGGGAUGGAGGAAGUUCUGAUGAAUCUGGAGAGACAGAGAGUGAAGAAGAAUCACAGGAAGGAAAUAUUGAAACUGCCACAACUAGAAAUCCAUUUGCAUUGUUGGACAGCGAUUAAUUUUCCAGAUCUGUGAUAGAAUAUGUCACAAUGCAAAUGCUUUUAUAUUGGCCUGAAAUGAAAUAUCUAGGGCUGUGGUUAAUAUUCUUAAUAUAUAAGAAAAUCAUACAUUUCAUUCCAUAACAGAGAAAGGAGUGGAAUAAGAAAUUUUAAACAUGGAUGGCCAAAAUAGUGGAAGGGAUAUAUGGUACUGCUGAAUUACAGUAAAAUCUUCAUAUGUCAUGAUAUACAAUGUAGGGUAAAGAUCUUGUUUUUGCCCCAUUUGUGAUGGUUUUGAAAUGUGACAUUGGCAUUAUGCGACCUCUUAUUUUCCUGGAAAUGUGACAGUUUUUGGUGUAGGUUUAUUUUUAGAGCUAAAUUUGGGUACAUACAGUAUGAUCAAACUUUGUG